GGCGGGCCACCCAGGAAUUUCAAGCUUUGGGGAAUAUCAACGAUCACUCCAGGAGCAAUAGCAUGGAGCGCGACAAUGGCUAUUUUCCUCCUUUCACCCGACACUACGUUCUCUCAGGAUGGACAAGGGAAGAACUUGGGAAUUCAAUACAAGAACUUAUUCUACAGCUUCAAGAAAAUAUUGGUUUGUUGCUGGGGGACUCUGUAUCUCACAAAAAACAGGCAGCACAUCGAAGGGCACAUUUUCGGAACUGCAAAGUUGCCUGUAAAUAUGCCCAACGGUGAAGAUUUUACGGCGCAGAUCGCUCUCACAAUGGCCGGUCUA